AUGCCGAAGAACCGCCCUGCCACCUCGGGCUACGCUCGUCUCGCUCAAGCGGACGAAGAACGAGCUUAUCUCCACGAUGAUUCAGAAGAUGACGAAAUUGCCGCGGUUUCAACGGCGUCCACCUCCGCUCCUCGAUACGCUCCCAUCGCUUCCCGAGCCCAGAUGCAGGCGUCCGGUCUCCACACACCCCCAGGCCAUCAACGCAGGCAUAGUGGCUUCCAAUACCCUCGAGGCCGGCGAAACUCCGGUGUGGAUAUCAAAGCGAUCAAUGCGCGUCUCGAAAAAUGGGCGGAGGAGAUUGCCUCUAAGUUCAAGAUCAACCGCGUCAAGGGCAAGAGCUACGAGGAGGAAAAGCUGGAGAUUUAUCAUUCUGUCUUCCAAGCACCCCCUGGAGUGGAACCCAUCACCGCCGAAGCCCUCGAAUCCGAUGAGUUUGAAGGCCAGCAAAGACAAGCCCGCGCCGAGUACGAGGAAAUCAUCGAAAGCGUUCGCGUCGCCAUUGAAAUGGGCGUACAUCCCCGGAUGAUCUCACAGGGUAGCUCCGGUAGUUACUUUGCUCGAAACACAGAAGGGAAGGUAGUGGGCGUGUUCAAACCAAAGGACGAGGAGCCCUACGCCUCACGAAACCCCAAAUGGACCAAGUGGAUUCAUCGCAACUUGUUCCCUUGCUUCUUCGGCCGCGCCUGUCUCAUUCCCAAUCUAUCAUACGUCUCUGAGGCUGCCGCUUAUGUCCUUGACGCUCGGUUGCGGACAAACCUCGUCCCAUACACUGGAAUUGUACGGCUGUCUUCAAAGUCGUUCUUCUACGAUUUCUGGGAUCGCAGAAAGGCAUGGAAAGGGAAGAAGUCCCUACCCCACAAGGCAGGCAGUUUCCAAGUGUUUUUGAAGGGCUUCAAGGAUGCCAACAUUUUCUUGCGCGAACAUCCUUGGCCUGACCAGACGAAUACUGGAUUCCGUGCCGAAGAUGCACCGAAGCGAAAGAAGCGGCCAUGGAACGAGGCCUGCCGCCCAUCGGGGGCCCAGUCGGAUGAUGAAGAUGAUGAAGAUCCUGGCUACGUACCGUCACCACCGGGCUCGCGCGAUGAAAGCUCCGAACGUCGAUUUUAUUGGACCGAGAAUCUCAAGCAAUCGUUCCGCGAGGAACUGGAGAAGCUUGUGAUUUUGGAUUACAUCAUGCGGAAUACUGAUCGAGGUUUGGACAACUGGAUGGUCAAGAUUGACUGGGGGACGGAACAAGUUUCGAUCGUGGCAGAGCCCCCCAAAGCCACCGAGCCGCAACCUAAACACGAUGAGGAUGAGCUCAUGCCUCCGGCCCGUCCAGUGUCCGUGAACUCAAAUGGAACACCCACUACCUCCCCUCAUCCUUACAAGCGGCACGAGACGAUGAUGGCUAUCAGCCGUACGGGCACUCCACUGGCCUCAUCAGAACAGUCGGCCUCUGUUCAGCUUGGUGCCAUUGAUAACAGUUUGUCUUGGCCAUGGAAGCAUCCAGACGCUUGGCGCAGCUUCCCCUUCGGCUGGCUUUUCCUUCCAGUCUCUCUGAUCGGACAACCUUUCUCGCAGAAAACUCGUGACCACUUCCUUCCACUUCUCACCUCCACUGCCUGGUGGAGCGGGACUCAGAUGGCUCUUCGUGGGAUAUUUUCACAGGACGACGAUUUCAAGGAAAGCAUGUUCGCGCGACAAAUUGCCGUAAUGAAAGGUCAAGCUUGGAACGUUGUGGAAACUUUGAAGCAUUCAGACCACGGUCCGCUCGAGCUAACUCGUCGAACAAGAGUCUGCGUUUGGGAUGACUUAGUCGAUGUACCUGUUGCCAUUCCCAUGCGUGCCCCUUCUACAGACCGAUCAAGAAACCGAUAUAUGAAUUACGACCCUGAUGAAGAAGAGAUGGAUAUCGGCGCGUCCGCCUCCUCUCAACCACUCCCCGAGCACGAUCUACUUGGGUUGAACUCGUCGCCAAGCGAUCUUCCCAACCCAAACCGGUUCGAACUCACCCGUGGUCGAGCUGAUGUUGAUAGCGUUGCUGAUGCUUCGAUUGGUAGCCCAGCAACUCUGAAUGAUCCUGACUUCGGUCGUCGCCACACGGAUGGUGCCGGGGGCUCUCUUGAUGGGUGGCCCUCGCUUCCUCCCCGUCAGCAAAAGCACCGCAAGAAUGGGGGCUCUUUGUCUUACCGUGCUCCCCGGGUCAAUACGUUCGGUAGCGAUGACCUCGAAGGUGAUCUUGGGUAUGCAGUUGCCGAGGGUAUGGAGGGUAACCAGCGCAAGGUGAUUGUCGAGCGAUUGGAAGCCGUCAAAAGCAAGAACCCAGUCUUCACAUGGUGCUGA